AGCUGCCUGCAGUACCUGGACGCCCGGAACACGCCGCUCCUGGACCACUCGGCGCCGUUCGUGGCGCGGGCGCUGCGCAUCAGCAGCAGCCUGGUGGUUCUGCACCUGGAGAACACCUCCCUGUCCGGGAGACCCCUCAUGCUGCUCGCCACGGCGCUGAAGAUGAACGUGACGCUGCGCGAGCUGUACCUGGCUGACAUGGGAUCCGGGAAUGGGCCCAUCCUAAGUCCGGCUUUCCCGUUUUUCCAGGCCUGUCCUAAAUCCCGAUUUCCCGUGAUUUCCCGGAUAUUCCCGCUUUUCCAGGCCUGUCCUAAGUCCGGCUUUCCCGUUUUUGCAGGCCUGGCCUACAUCUGCGAGGGGCUGCGGGAGCAGCGCCGGGGGCUGGUGACGCUGGUGCUGUGGAACAACCAGCUGAGCCACGCCGGCAUGGCCUACCUGGGAAUGACCCUGCCGCACACGCAGAGCCUGGAGACGCUGAACCUGGGCCACAACGCGGUGGGGAACGAGGGCGUGCGGAACCUGAAGAACGGAUUGAUCGGGAACCGCUCCGUGCUGCGCCUGGGCCUGGCCUGCACCAAGCUCACCUGCGAAGGGGCCGUGGCCGUGGCCGAGUUCGUGGCCGAGAGCCCGCGGCUGCUGCGCCUGGACCUGCGCGAGAACGACAUCAAGACCGGGGGGCUGAUGGCGCUGUCGCUGGCCCUGCGCGUCAACCACUCCCUGCUGCGCCUCGACCUCGACCGCGAGCCCAAGAAGGAGGCGGUCAAGAGCUUCCUGGAGACGCAGAAGGCGCUGCUGGCCGAGAUCCAGAACGGCUGCAAGCGGAAUUUCAUCCUGGCCAAGGAGAAGGAGGAGAAGGAGCAGCAGCUCCAGCACUCGGCCUCCAUGCCCGAGAUCUCCGGCAGCGAUCCCGAGCCCGGAAUUCCCGGAAUAAUUCCCGGAGGAAUUCCCGCCGGCGCUUCCCCCGCCCCGGAGGAGAACGGCGACGCCGCCCCGGCCGGCGAUUCCAGCUCGGACACGGAGGAGGAGGAGGAGGAGGAGGAUGGUAAGGACUCGAGGGAGGUUGUGGAAUCUGGGAAUUCCGGGAAUUCCGGGAAUGGCGAGCGCAGGAUUUCCAUCUCCAGCCCCGGCAGAGGCCGCAAGAUCUUCGUGGUGACGCGGGUGGAGAACAUUCCCGAGGGAUCCGAGGCUGUUCCCGAGGGAUCCGGGGUCGUUCCCGAGGGAUCCGGGGUCGUUCCCGAGGGAUCCGGGGUCAUUCCCAAGGAAUCUGGGACUGUUCCCGAGGGAUCCAGGAUCAUUCCCAAGGAACCUGGGACCGUUCCCGAGGGAUCCGGGGUCGUUCCCGAGGGAUCCGGGGUCAUUCCCAAGGAACCUGGGACCGUUCCCGAGGGAUCCGGGGUCAUUCCAAAGGAAUCUGGGACCGUUCCCGAGGGAUCCGGGGUCGUUCCCGAGGGCGGAAUAAUUCCCGGAGGAAUUCCCGCCGGCGCUUCCCCCGCCCCGGAGGAGAACGGCGACGCCGCCCCGGCCGGCGAUUCCAGCUCGGACACGGAGGAGGAGGAGGAGGAGGAGGAGGAUGGGAAGGACUCGAGGGAGGUUGUGGAAUCUGGGAAUUCCGGGAAUUCCGGGAAUGGCGAGCGCAGGAUUUCCAUCUCCAGCCCCGGCAGAGGCCGCAAGAUCUUCGUGGUGACGCGGGUGGAGAACGUUCCCGAGGGAUCCGGGGUCGUUCCCGAGGGAUCCGGGGUCAUUCCCAAGGAACCUGGGACCGUUCCUGAGGGAUCCGGGGUCAUUCCCAAGGAAUCUGGGACUGUUCCCGAGGGAUCCAGGAUCAUUCCCAAGGAACCUGCGACCGUUCCUGAGGGAUCCGGGGUCAUUCCCAAGGAACCUGCGACCGUUCCUGAGGGAUCCGGGGUCAUUCCCAAGGAAUCUGGGACCGUUCCCGAGGGAUCCGGGGUCGUUCCAGAGGAAUCUGGGACUGUUCCCAAGGGAUCUGGAGCCGUUCCUGAGGGAUCUGGAGACGCUCCUGAGGGAUCCGGUGCCAUUCCCGAUGGAUUUGAGACUUUUCCUGAAGGAUCCAGGAGCGUUCCCGACAGAUCUGGCGCUGUUCCCGAUGGAUCUGGGACAAUUUCCGAUGGACCUGGAGCCGUUCCUGAUGGAUCCGAGGUUGUUCCCGUCGGAUCCAGCUCCGUUCCCGAUGGAUCCGGGACAAUUCCCGAUGGAUCUGGAGCCGUUCCUGUCACGCCCAGCACCAUUCCCGAUGGAUCUGGAGCCGUUCCCGUCGGAUCCAGCGUUGUUCCCGACGGAUUUGGUGCCGUUCCCGGUGGAUCUGGGGUUGUUCCCGAUGGAUUGGGGGCCAUUUCCGAUGGAUCCAACGCUGUUCCUGCCGGAUCCGGGGCCGUUCCUGGUGGAUCUGGGGUUGUUCCUGAUGGAUCCGGGGCCGUUCCCGAUGGAUUUGGAGCCGUUCCCGACGGAUCCGGGGCCGUUCCCGAUGGAUUUGGAGCCGUUCCCGAUGGAUUUGGAGCCGUUCCUGACGGAUUUGGAGCCGUUCCCGACGGAUCCGGGGCUGUUCCCGACAGAUCCGGGGCCGUUCCCGAUCUGCGGCCGCGCCGGGCCGGCGCCUCCGAGGGAAUUCCCUGUGGGAGCCCCUCCCGGGAUUCUCCUCUUCCCAACGGGCUCAAGGCGGAUUUCGCCCGGGCGCUGCCGGAGCCGGGCCCGGAGGGCGACGGGAAAUCGGGAAUGUGCGCGGCCGAGCACGAGCUGAGCUGCUCCCGGAACGAGCAGGAGCUGCAGGAGCUGCUCCUGGAGGCCAGCCAGGACACGGCUCCGGAGCCGCUGUGACCGCAGGUCCUGGAGGGGGAGGCUCCGGAGCUUUCCCCCUCUCCCCAACUCCGCACAAGAUUCCAACCAAACCUCGGGAAUUUCGGGACUUUUCUUGGGAAAAGAAAAACGCGAAACACGCAAAAAAAAAAAAAACAACAAAAAAAAACAACGGAAUUUUUUUUUUUUUUUUCCCGAUUUCUCCUGACUUUUCCCGCCUCCGAGGGGGCAGGGAAGGAGCCGGGACCUUCCUGAUCUCCCGGGAAUUCCCGGGGUCAUUCCCGGCGGGAUCCGGCGACACUACAGGGAGCGGGAGUGGCUGGAGCGGCGGGAAUUUGGGAAUUCCGUCCCUAAAAAAAAUCCCGGGAUGGGCUGCUCCCGCGGCCCCCCCACGCUUUAUUUAUUUUUAAUUUCCCUUCCUUUCCGGUGGUUUUGGUUUCUUUGGGAAUUUUAUCCCGGUUUUUUUUCCCCCUUUUUUUCUGGUUUUUCCCCCUUUUUUCCCCGUCUCUAUUUAUCACCAGCCGCAGAAUUCCCGGGAAAACGGGGAAGGUGGAAAAGGGGAGGAGGGAGGGGCUGGAAUUCCUCGGCCAUCCCAAAUUUCCAGAGGUGUGGGGGAGGGGAAAUUCCAGCGGGGAUUUCCCAGCCCGGAAUUCCCGGAAUUCCCUGGGAAUUCCCGGGGGUCGCUUUUCUUUCUUAAGUGCAAUAAAAUCUUUCAGGGAGCUGCGGGGGGGAGGGGGAUUGGAAUUCCGGGGGGAUAUUCCCAAUAUUCCGACCGGGAAUUUUCGCUGGUGUUUCCUGGGUUUGGGGUUUGUUUUUUUUUUCUGUCUUUUCCCGGUUUUUUUGGGUUUUUUUCCCCCCCUCGUUUUUCCCCGUGGUGGAAUUUUUGUUAACGGCUGUUUUCUAAUUAAAGGAAUUCUGCAUUCGUCA